AUGGACGUCCUGUGUGUAUGCGGGUCCAAGUUGGGCUUUGGAGCCAGGAUCGGGUCUUACAAGUUGAAUCAGAGCAGAUUUGGUUCUAGGAUUGUUAUGGGGUUAUGGGAAAUCACCACACAUCCGGCUGGGUCUCAUGUUGAUGAUGGGGUUAACCCGACCGUGUUGUUGCCAAUCCAAACGGAUGGGACAAAUGUAGAGAUCGGGCCGCCUGUUGUUCAGGUGAAUCCGACUGAGGUUCGUGUGGACGGAUCAGGACGUCAGCUGGAACCGGAGCUGGAACUAGUUGAUGGAGCUGGACGACAACAAGAAAGGGGGUUUGAGGAGCAAGGAGAGUCCUCGCAGACUGGUCGCCAGGACGAUAAGGUAGGUGGAACAGCUGGUCAAGUGAAUCAGACUGCUGAACCGUCUAUGAGGGAGGUGCUAGAUGCCAUGAAGGCUAUGGGGACUCAGAUCUUGGCCUUGACCCAGGCAUUCACGCCUGUAAGGACAGCCAUUCCUUUGGGGAAUGACCGGACGGGUCCGAUUGCGGCAGCUCAGGCAGCUGGUCGAGGAGCUCAGCAGCAGUUGGAGGAAGUGGCUGAGGUGAUUGAAAUCGAUCCCCCAGCUAGGACAGCUAAGAGGAUGGAUUAUCUGAAGCUGCUUGAGCACAUAUCCAAGCUGGGGACUAAACACUUUGCUGGAAGUGUUGAUCCAUUAGAGGCUGACGAGUGGAGGAGCAGGCUAGUCUGUAAUUUCAGCUUAACUCGAUGCCCAGAUGACUACAAGAAGGACAUUGCAGUUCACUUCUUGGAAGGUGAUGCUCACAACUGGUGGUUGGCUCUAGACAAGCGUACCAGUGGCAGCAUUGAACGCUUCUCCGACUUUGAGGUGGAGUUCAACCACAAGUACUGCCCAGCUGAGGCAUGGGAUCGUCUAGAGGCUAAGUUCUUGGACCUGGUUCAGGGAUGCAGGACAGUAAGGGAGUAUGAAGAAGAAUUCAACCGUCUCUGGCGUUAUGUGGGUAAGGAGUUAGAGGACGAGUCAGUACAGGUUCGUCGGUUCAUAAGAGGCCUAAGGGUUGAGCUCCAAACCUACUGCUCAGUUCGCACCUUUCACACUGUGUCUGAACUGGUUGAAAGGAUGGCUAUGUUUGAGACUAACUUGACCGAGGAGGCUAAGCUGAAAAUCCGGAGUCACACGGCUCCUAGUGGUGGUAGCAAUGACCGCAAGAGGAAGAGGGAACAUGCUGACGAAGGUAAACCUUCAAGUGGUAGGCCUGAGUGUCCCAAGUGCGGCAGACAUCAUGGUGGUGAAUGCUGGAGAGCAAUGGGAGCCUGUCUCCGAUGUGGCAAGAUGGAUCACUCAGCUCGUGACUGUCCUAGACAGGAGCAAGGGGCUAGUGGUGAUACAUGGACAUGCCAUUACUGUGGAAAGAAGGGACAUCUCCGAAAGGAUUGUCCUAAGCUGUCAUCCGGGCCAAGCAAGAGCCGAGGAGAGGUUAGCAGCCGGAUCAGAACCGCGGACAGACUUCAGCACCGCGCGUCUAUGAGUUGUCCAAGGAUGAGGACAGGACCGGGCCAUUCCAAGCGAUCACUGAUUGGGUCAUAUGUAGGGACCCUAAGUAUUGGUGGUGUGGAAACACACAUACUUUUUGAUACUGGUGCUAUACAUAGCUUUGUGAGCCCAGGGAUGCUCGGAAAGGGGUUGUUCCAGUUGGGAACGGGGGAUUGUCCUGGGGUAGUGAACGCGGCCGGUUGGCAAGUUUUGAGUACACUAGGAGUGAUUCGGGACAUCCCAGUGGUGAUCCCAGACAGGGUCAUGCCUGUGGAUCUUGUGGUGAUAUUAGGUAUGGACUGGCUUGGAAAGAACCAGGCCACUCUUGACUAUCACCGGGGGCGAGUGCAGUUUGAGGGUGGGAUUGGAUCUCCGGUCAGGUUCCAAGGUAUACGUCCGAUCUCUGGAUGCUUGGUGGUGUCAGCAAUCCAUGUUGAAAAGAUGCUGAGGAAGGGUUGUGAAGCUUAUCUAGCCACAAUCGCCACUAACGAGGUCGUCGUGGGUGGUGACCCGGAGGGAAUACCCCUGGUCCGAGAGUUCCACGAUGUGUUUAGAAUGGCUCCUGCCGAGAUGUUCGAGCUUAAGAAGCAACUGGAGGAGUUGCUGGAUAAGGGUUUUAUAAGACCUAGUGUGUCACCUUGGGGAGCACCGGUUCUUUUUGUCAAAAUGAAAUAUGGUAGCUUCAGGUUGUGCAUUGACUAUCGAGGGUUGAACCGGGUUACCGUGAAGAACAAAUACCCAUUGCCUCGGAUAGAUGAGUUAUUGGAUCAGCUCAAGGGUGCAAAGUGGUUCUCUAAGAUCGAUUUGGCUUCAGGGUAUCAUCAGAUCCCUAUUGAACCAAAUGAUGUUAGAAAGACAGCAUUCCGAACAAGGUACGGUCACUGCGAAUUUGUGGUCAUGCCAUUCGGACUAACCAAUUCACCAGCAGCCUUUAUGAAGAUGAUGAAUGAUGACAUAUUAGUAAAUUCCAAGAGCAAGGAAGACCAUGAAAGGCAUUUAAGGGCUGUGCUAGGACGGUUGAGGGAACAACAGCUCUUUGCCAAGUUGAGCAAGUGCAGUUUUUGGCAAAGGAGUUUUGGGUUCCCUGGACACAUCGUGUCCGAUCAAGGAGUCUCGGUUGAACAAGAGAAGAUCAAGGCCAUACAGGAAUGGCCACGACCUAAGAGUGUCACGGAGGUCAGGAGUUUCCUAGGGCUGGCCGGUUACUACAGGAAGUAUGUCAAAGGGUUUGCCAGCUUGGCCCAACCGAUGAAACAACUAACUGGAAAAGAUGUGAGAUUUGUAUGGUCUGAAGGAUAUGAGAAGUGUUUCUCUGCCUUGAAGAAUAUGUUGACGAAUGCACCCGUUCUAGUGCUACCAGAGGUUGACCAACCUUAUGUGGUAUACACAGACGCAUCCAUCGCUGGAUUAGGAUGUGUAUUGACCCAACACAGAAAGGUCAUUGCCUAUGCCUCUAGGCAAUUGAGGAAGCACGAGGGUAACUACCCAACCCACGACCUGGAGAUGGCCGCAGUGGUGUUUGCCCUCAAGAUAUGGCGGUCAUACUUGUAUGGUGCCAAGGUUCAGAUUUUAACCGACCACAAAAGCCUCAAAUGGAUGGAGUUUGUGGCCGACUGUGAUCUUGACAUAGCAUACCAUCCAGGUAAAGCAAACCUGGUGGCCGAUGCAUUGAGCCACAGAAGAGCUGAAGUAUCGGCUGAGAAAGAGGCGGACAUGUUGGAAGGGAUGGUCAGAUCGUUGCACCUAAAUACCUUGGUCAGCGAGGACGAACCUUUGGGUUUGGAAGCAGUGAACCAGGCCGAUCUUCUGACCAGGAUUAGACAAGCUCAGGUCUUGGACGAGGACCUUCAAGGGGUUGCUCGGAACGAGAAGACGGAGUAUCAGACGGCUCAAGAUGGAACGAUCUUGGUCCAUGGAAGGAUUAGCGUCCCAAACGUGCGGGGACUUAAGGAAGAGAUUAUGAUUCAGUAUCAUAAGUCUAAGAUCUUCGUGCAUCCCGAACUGAACAAGAUGUAUAAAGACAUCAAGAGGUAUUACCAUUGGGUUCGCAUGAAGACUGAUGUGGCCGAGUGGGUGGCUAAGUGUCCUACUUGCCAACUCGUCAAGGCUGAGCAUCAAGUACCUAGUGGGAUACUUCAGAACUUACAUAUUCCAUAA